AUGUUUGCCAGUGCUUUGCCAGAACGCCUAAGAGACGACCAUGAUUCCCAAGUUGAUUUCAGCGCACCGCCGGGUGGUGUCGGAGCUCGUGAUGGUCAUAUGCAAUAUAUGCAACAAUCAAUAUUCGGCAUGAUUGCUGCGGUGGGCUCUAGGUCUGAUUUUCACGCGCGGUUUGAUGAGUCUAGUGAUAGCGACGGCGAGACAGAGGACCGUUCCUGCAAAGAGUCCGAGAACAUGUCUGCUACAGCCGGAACACUGCCAAAGAGCGAGAACGACCCGCGAUGGCUAUCUUCCAAGCCGCAGAGCCCGACCCCGAACCCUGGGCGUCGUCAUCGAAGGACCAUUUCCGACAAUAAAUUAUUGCGCCCGUUCAAGACGAGUUCGAAACAGAACAAAGGCAAAGAGCCCAUUGUUCAAUCCGAGCCUCCGACGGGUGAUGAAAUGUCUCGAGCCUCCACCCCUAAGCGCCCUCGCAGCGCUACUCCUAGGGCAGCCCCGGUUCUGAGUCGCAUGGUGGAAGCACAGGCUCUUCUGGAUACCAAAGCCUCGGCUGGAAGCUCUCAGGCGCGUGCGGAAGAGAAAAACGAGGAGGAUUCGAACCAGUCGUCCGCAUCAGCCCUUUCUCUGCGGUUGAAGGAGAUGUUCGGCUUUGAGACACCGGAAAAGGUGGUUGUUGAGUAUGCAUGCUCACUUCUGCAAAGCAUGCUUUUGCAAGGUUACAUGUAUGUCACCGAGGGGCAUAUCUGCUUCUACGCCUAUCUUCCUCGGAAGAACACGGUGGCUAUAAAGUCUGGAUAUCUUCAGAAACGUGGCCGUAAGAACCCUAAAUACAACCGAUACUGGUUCUCUUUGAAGGGAGAUGUUCUCUCAUAUUAUGCGGACCCGUCAAAUCUUUACUUUCCCAGCGGCCAUGUCGAUCUCCGAUAUGGGAUAUCGGCUUCUUUAGCUGAGCCAAAAGAGAAAGGAGGGGAAAGUCGAGAUUUUCAGGUCGUGACCGAUCAGCGAACCUAUUAUUUCAGAGCAGAUAGCUCUGCGAGCGCCAAGGAAUGGGUCAAGGCUUUGCAAAAGGUCAUAUUUCGCACCCACAACGAAGGUGACAGUGUCAAAAUCUCCUUUCCAACAGAUAGCAUCAUCGAUAUAGAGGAAAGUCCCAUGGUUGAAUUUGCUGAAACGUUCAAAAUCCGCGUUGUUGAGAGUGAGGAAACGUACGCCAUCGACGAGUAUUAUUUCACCUUUUUCAAUUCCGGUCAGGAUGCGUUUAGUUUCCUCAAAGGUCUAGUUGGCGAUACCCCGAUGAAGCGGUCCCAACAGACCUUAUCACCACAGCCCGAGCAGAUGGCUCGUUCUCGCCGUAUGCGAGGGUCUCAGAAUAGGUGGUCGCUCACCAGUGCGACGAGCCAAUCGCGAGGCAUUGGUAACACGCAACGGCGAAGAAGCGCAAGCACCGGUCACUACAGUUUCGGGCAUGAUGCCUUGGGGAUGUCUCCCCCAACGAGACAGCUGGACUCCUCUGUAUCCUUCGGAAACUCCUUCGAGCAAACAACAGAGUCCUCUGCCAUUCUGCAGUCUAUGACCGAUACGGCCGAAUCGGCCAGCCAAAUUUUGAACCGCAGCGAUGUUUUCCAGUCUCCUACAAUUCAUACAUUGCGACGAGGCCCUUCCGGUGCAGAUAGGACUCGUCGGCAUUCAGAUGAGACAGCUCGGUCGGUACACGCGCCGGGGUAUACCAAGGAUGGACAAGAAAAUCAGGGCCCUCUCAGCGAGUCGGAUCAGGAUACUCAGAGUCCUUCCAGGCUUCAACCUGCUCCAACCCUAAAUGAGAUUGUUCGCGCUGGCUCUUAUCCAUUGCAGCGCGCGGCAGGGAUUGCAGAGUAUCUGAAAACGCGAUCCAAGCAGAUGAGUAACCUUCUGGCAAGUGAAUCGAUGGGGUACAUCGAAAAGGUCUCCGGCAUGUGGGCCGGUGGCCGCAAGCAUUACGGGGAAUCUGAGGGUAUUCUCCCAGAUGACCAGGCCGUUGAUCCUGAAGACAAAGAGGGUGGCUGUAAAGAUGGGGACCGAUUCCGGGCGCAUUUUGCCCUUCCUUCGAGCGAGAAGCUGCAGGCUACGUACUUUGCCUAUCUACAUCGGGUGCUUCCGUUGUACGGCAAGAUAUAUAUCAGCCAGAAAAAGCUCUGUUUCCGGAGUCUUCUGCCCGGAACUCGGACAAAGAUGAUCCUCCCACUGAAGGAUGUGGAAAAUGUGGACAAAGAAAAGGGGUUUCGGUUUGGUUAUCACGGACUCGUCGUCGUCAUUCGAGGCCACGAGGAGUUGUUCUUUGAAUUCCGCGCAGCUGAUGCCCGAGACGACUGUGCCGUCACGCUACACCAAGGCCUGGAAUCGAUGAGAUUUCUGAUGGAGUCCGGAUUCCUUGCGGAGGAGGAUGAGAAAGAUGUGUCCGAAGCGGCACGCGCAGAACAUCGUAUGCUCCAGGAAGCCCGGCAGGACAUCACUGGAGCGCAGGGUUCCCCUACGGCGCUGGCCGAAUCCACCGAAUCCCAUCCCAUCUUUGAUGACCCUCGCGCCUCAAUCAUCAAUUUCAAGCCCACCGAGUCGCUGAGAAUCACGUGUCUUACUAUCGGCUCCCGCGGCGAUGUACAGCCGUAUAUUGCGUUGUGUAAAGGCUUGCUUGCCGAAGGCCAUCGGCCUAAGAUUGCAACCCACGCCGAGUUUGGACCCUGGGUGAGGAAGCAUGGCAUUGACUUUGCCCCGGUCGAGGGCGAUCCUGCCGAGUUGAUGCGGAUUUGUGUCGAGAACGGAAUGUUCACCUAUUCCUUUCUCAAGGAGGCUUCGUCAAAGUUCCGAGGCUGGAUUGACGACUUGUUGUCUUCUGCGUGGUUAGCCUGCCAGGAUAGCGAUCUCCUUAUCGAGUCCCCAAGCGCGAUGGCUGGAAUUCAUAUCGCCGAGGCACUCCGAAUCCCAUACUUCCGUGCCUUUACUAUGCCCUGGACACGCACCCGGGCCUACCCACAUGCGUUUGCUGUUCCCGAGUACAAGAUGGGUGGUGCGUACAACUACAUUACCUAUGUCAUGUUUGACAACGUUUUCUGGAAGGCGAUCGCAGGACAGGUGAACCGCUGGAGAAAGAAAGAGCUUGGCCUGAAGGCAACCGGUCUGGAUAAAAUGCAGCCCAAUAAGGUUCCGUUUCUCUAUAAUUACUCUCCUACCGUGGUCCCCCCACCCCUGGACUAUCCUGACUGGAUUCGAAUUACUGGGUACUGGUUUCUCAGUGAGGGUUCCAAUUGGACUCCUCCGGCGGGGCUGCUCGAGUUCAUCCAACGAGCUCGCAAUGACGAUAAGAAGAUCGUCUAUAUUGGAUUCGGGUCUAUUGUUGUGUCCGACCCUUCUGCCCUCACGCGCACGGUUGUCGAAUCCGUCCAGAAGGCCGAUGUCCGCUGCAUUCUUUCCAAGGGCUGGUCUGAUCGUCUGGGAGACCCAUCGAGUGUCAAGGCAGAGAUCCCUCUGCCUCCCGAGAUUUAUCAGAUUCAGUCCGCGCCCCACGACUGGCUCUUCUCCCAGAUUGAUGCCGCGGCGCAUCAUGGUGGCGCCGGCACUACCGGAGCCAGUUUGCGUGCCGGUGUUCCUACCAUUGUGAAACCUUUUUUUGGCGAUCAGUUCUUUUUCGGAACGCGGGUUGAGGACUUGGGAGUCGGCGUCUGUAUGAAAAAGCUGAAUGUGAGUGUGUUUUCACGGGCUUUGUGGGAGGCCACCCACAGCGAGCGAAUGAUUGUGAAAGCCCGGGACUUGGGAGCGCAGAUCCGCAGUGAGGAUGGUGUGGACACGGCUAUCCAGGCAAUAUACCGAGACCUUGAGUACGCCAAAACACUGGCUCGGCAGCGCUCGAAUGCAUCCUCGACGCCUUUCUCGCCCACUCCGUCGGCGACGGUGGCGGGGCAUGAGGCAGACGAGGAUGUGGCUGACAUUGAAGACUGGACGUUUGUCGGAGACGAUACUGAAUUCAAUACGAGGCUGAACAUGACCUGA